AUGGCUGGGUACAAUUUGAGUGCUUACCCUAAUUUUGAUGUUCCAACGACAAGUCCUGCGAUAAUGAAUCUAAAAGACAGAGAAGAGGACCCUAUUGUAAAUAGAAAAUCACCUUUUAGGGAAGACCUUGUCUUGCCCACCAUGAAACCACCCCAAGUGGACUCUGAUGAGGAAGUUAUUAGGUGUUCAGAGCUAGAUGACAACAUAACCACCCCAAAAUGUGUGGACAUGUGCUCUGAAUCUCAGGUGUAUCUGACAAUUGGUGAGUCCCAGAACAAAGCAGGUUUGCCUGAAGAGGAAUGUUGGACUGGCCAGUGGUCUGAUGUUGGAACACAUCCACGGGCAGAUGAGGACCUGCCCAGAAGGAGCCCAGGUCCGGAGGAUGGCCAGGCCCCAGCACUCACCUACAUUGAUGUGAAAUCUAGCAAUAAGAGGCCUUGCAGUACUGAGCCCACAGUGGUCAUUAGAGCUCAGCAGGAGAGUGGGCACUCUGCUUAUAACUAUGAAUCACACAGAGCUGUGCCAGGCCAAGAGGUAGCGGGCGGAGGUCGUCAAAAUGCCAUCCUUUCAGAGAAAAUAACGCUCCAUGAGUCAAGUACUCUAGGAAAGGUUGCAGACCAGGAGGGCAAGAUGGUGCUGCUAAGUCUGAAGCUCAUCCCCUCUGAGCCCUGCGAUCCACUAAACUCGACUUUGAGGGAUCCUUUGAAUGUUAGGGCUUCCCCAAAGGACCCUCACUCAGAGGAGCAGGAGGAAGUGUCGGUGCUCUCUGGGGUCAUCAAGAGAUCUUCUUCCAUCAUCUCUGAUUCAGGCAUUGAGAGCGAGCCAAGCUCUGUUGCCUGGUCCGAGGCACGAAGCAGGGCCCUGGAGUUACCCAGUGACCGGGAAGUCUUGCACCAUCUGGUUCGAAGACAUGCCCUGCAUAGGAACUCCUUAGAGGGUGGACACACAGAGAGCAAUACGAGUUUGCCAAGUGGGAUCCAGGCGUCUCUCACCUCCAUUAGCUCUUUGCCUUUUGAGGAGGAAGAACGGGAGCUGGCACUCACCAAGUUGACCAAGUCUGUGUCUGCACCCCAAAUCAGUAGCCCAGAGGGAUCUGCUGAAGACACGGACACCAUGCAGCAAGGUGGAGGUCUUGCUGAAAGUCCAGCCGUACCCAUGGAGAGCGUAGACUCCCUGGGAUCCAGAAUCCAGGGUGCUGGGGCAGACCAUUCCCUUGUUCAGGUGGUUCCAGGUGCCGACAGCCAGCAGGGCCCUGGUUACAUAGACAUCCCCAAAGGCCCAGAGAGUCAGUUUGAUCCUCAAGGGCCUUGUUACCUUGAUGGCAGGACUGAGAACCCUCUGGGUGUUGAAACCAAAGGUCUUAAUGUAAAAAUACCACGUAUCCUAGCACUUGAAAUCCCUAGGCACGGAUCUUGUCCUAGAGUACUAACGGAGACCCCAGAGGGCAUGCCUGAAGACUUGAAUGUGGGGAAGGGCGCUCUUUCCGACAGCAGCAUCUCAGAUGAUGAGACGAUUGCCCACCAUAAGGUGCCUGAAUGGAGCUGUAGGGCAGCUGCUGAUGCCAGCGGCCUGGAUUCCACGGGCGAGCAGAGCAGCUCACCGCACAUCAUUGAUGAUGCAGCAGUUAGCGAAGGAGCUCACGCUCCUCUGGAGGCUGGACAUGAAGCAGGCACCGUGUGCUCUCCUGUGACUCACUCCAUUCACUCCCAGGUUUUAGGAAACCAAGAGCCAAAGGCAGGCACUUCCGUCAUGGCAUCCCACCUGAGCCCGGCGGAGACCUUCACUCUAGACAGCCUGAAGGCCGUGGAGGUCGUCAACCUGUCCGUGUCUUGCACUGCCACGUGUCUCCCUUUCUCCUCUGUGCCCAAGGAGACCCCUGCCCGGGCUGGGUUCUCUGCCAAGCAGACCCCAUUGCCCAUCACUCAUCAGCCCUUGGGUUCCUUUGCAGUGGUCUCUACGCAUUCGAGCAAGUUGGAGGAAGAAGUCAGUGAAAGGAUGUACAGUUUUUAUCAGGCCAAAGAAAAAUUUAAAAAAGAACUGAAGAUUGAUGGAUUUCUGUACAGUGACUUAUCUGUACUAGCUUCUGAUAUACCGUAUUUCCCACCAGAGGAAGAGGAAGAAAAUUUGGAAGAUGGGAUUCACCUGGUAGUCUGUGUCCAUGGCCUAGAUGGGAACAGUGCGGACCUCCGCCUGGUAAAAACUUUCAUAGAACUGGGACUUCCUGGAGGAAAGCUGGACUUCCUAAUGUCUGAAAAGAAUCAGAUGGACACAUUUGCGGAUUUUGAUACCAUGACGGAUCGGUUGUUGGAUGAGAUCAUUCAGCACAUCCAGUUGUACAACCUCUCCAUAUCCCGAAUUAGCUUCAUCGGCCAUUCCCUUGGCAACAUCAUCAUCCGGUCGGUCCUCACGCGGCCCCGGUUUCGGUAUUACCUCAACAAACUCCACACAUUCCUGUCGCUGUCUGGGCCUCACCUGGGGACGCUGUACAACAACAGCACUCUGGUUAGUACAGGCUUGUGGCUCAUGCAGAAAUUAAAGAAAUCCGGGUCCCUUCUGCAGCUGACCUUCAGGGAUAACGCCGAUCUACGCAAAUGUUUCCUCUACCAACUAAGCCAGAAAACAGGUCUGCAGUAUUUCAAAAAUGUCGUGCUCGUGGCUUCUCCCCAAGAUCGCUAUGUGCCAUUUCAUUCAGCCAGGAUCGAAAUGUGUAAAACUGCCCUCAAAGACAGACACACAGGGCCCGUGUACGCGGAGAUGAUCAACAACCUCCUGCGCCCCCUGGUGGACGCCAAGGACUGCACUUUAAUCCGGCACAACGUGUUCCACGCGCUGCCCAACACUGCCAACGCCCUGAUCGGCCGAGCCGCGCACAUCGCCGUGCUGGACUCCGAGCUCUUCCUCGAGAAGUUCUUCCUGGUGGCGGGGCUCAACUACUUCAAGUAGCGGCGGGGGGCGGGGGGCCGCGGAGGCUUAGCGACCCCUGAGCGCGCUUUAGCCUGGACCUCCUUCGCAGCCCUCUGCCACUCCAGACGGAGCCCCGAGAGGCAGGUGCC